CAGCAGCGGCUCUUGGUCGGGUUCUGGCAGCGCAGCGUCUCUUCAAAGAUUUGCAUUGUGUCGAAGGGGAAAGAGAAACGUUCAUCUUUUCAUCCAACAUCCAACCAUCAUGGAGCUGCUGACGACGAUGAAAAUUCCCACCGCAGGACCGGAAACGUACUGCCGCCUAUGCCUCGGAAAGGAAAGCCUUUUGGGAGUGUUUGCGACGGAAAAGCCCCUGCAUAAUGAUGGCCACACGGGCAGCAGCUCCUCGACUGAGCUGGUAGAGAAGAUCUACGAAUGCACCAACAUAAAGCUCUCCUGCACGGUGGACGCGGGAUGUGCCAUCUGUCGCCGGUGUCUGCAGGCGGUGCAGGAUUUCUACCACUUUCGCGUGCGCAGCAACAAGGUGAAUGAUCUCAUCCAAGUGACGACGGUCGUUGCCAACGGUGACGACGACAACAGUGGCAGUGGCAAUGAAGCACCCGCCAAGCGCGAAACGACGACCGUGGUUGUUCCAUGCCCAACAACAACAACACCACUACCAGCAGCGAAGCAGCAACCGAAGCCGUCGAUCGUCUCCAGCGCGAGCAAAACCACCGGCGAGCGGAGCAAUCGGUGCCGGUACUGCCCGAAAUCGUUCCGCACGGUGGCCGAACUAGCCGAGCACGGCAAGCGGACGCAUGUGGCCGGCCGGCAGCACCACUGCCCGAACUGUUUGGCCCAGUUCCAGCACGCCCCGUCCCUGGCACGGCACAUGCGAAGCCGCAGCUGCUUCGCGUUCAGCAAGUACCGGUGCCGGGUGUGCAGCGAAAGCUUCCCGGAGCGGGACCAGUGGGCGGACCACAUACGGAUACACGCGAAGGACUUUCCCUACCAGUGUCCGGACUGUUGGUCACAGUUCAAGCAUAAGGCGACGCUGCGGCGCCACGCCAACACGGUCCAUCUGCUGGCGAAGGUGUGAUCGGGAUAUGUUUGUGUUUGUGUGUGUGUGUGAUGGUGAUUGUGUGACACGGUUCGACAGUUACAUAUUUAAAAAUGCAAAAAAGGCGGAAAGAAAUGAGCAUCGCACAUGCACAGUCGACUGAUAAGAGAAGCAAUGGGUCGGGUUAAUGAGUUGCACAAUGUAUAAAGGGCCCCUCUGGUGUGUUUGGGUCGGUUGAAACGGGGGGUGUUUGGUUUGAGCGCAACACCACGCAUUCGAUCCAGCGCCUACUUGCUCUUGCAAAACGAAAUCAGAACGAAAUGGGUGAAGCAAACAAAAAACCCCCCGAUAAGACAUGUAAGGGUUUGUUUUAAGCCCGGCGGCACACCACCACCAUUGCGUGAUGAAUGUAACGUUGUGUUCAAUAACAUGUAACAAAGUGUUAAUAUUUUAAAUCUGCUGUCCUUCGAUUUGGACGGUGAAGCGCGACCCGUUUAGAUUUUAGUUAGUGAAUUGGAUCGAAUUUUUGGUUCGAAACAUUUUUAUGGAUGACGACGAUUCGAUCACGUGGUGGUACUUAUGCUCUAGAAGCAAAAAAAAAAUCCCAAUUGCGGAAGGGAAGAAAAUCGGAAUAAUAAAAACAAAUGUAAUUAAUGUAAAUCAAGCCGGUACGAAAGAUACAUGCUUGAUUAAUAAGUGGCAAUCUGAAAAUACGAUUUUAACCUUACUCGAUAUGUCCUUGUCAAUCAAUAAACAGGAAAUGUGUGAUAAAGAAA